GGCACCAUGACAUCAUCUCUACCCUGGAAAUUCCAUUUGCCCUCCUGGGCCUCCAGCUCUGUCCGAGGCCCCAAAGUUCCUAUAAAGAGGGGUUCCCAAAUCAGUUUCAGCACAGAACACAGUCAGGUUCUGAAGCUUCUGGACUCGAGAGUCUCAGCUCCAGGAAAACCUCUCCUCUCUCAAGACCAUGAAGCUCUGCGUGACCGUCCUUUCUCUCCUUGUGCUCGUGGCUGCCUUCUCCACUCCGGCUCUCUCAGCACCAAUGGGCUCAGACCCUCCCACCGCCUGCUGCUUCUCUUACACCCUAAGGAAGCUUCCUCGAAACUUUGUGGCCGAUUACUUCGAGACCAGCAGCCUCUGCUCCCAGCCAGCUGUGGUAUUCCAAACCAAAAGAGGCAGACAAGUGUGUGCUAACCCCAGCGAGGCCUGGGUCCAGGAAUACAUGGACGAUCUGGAACUGAACUGAGCUGCUCCGGGUCUGGGUGCAGGAGGUCUCCAGGGAAGGUCACCUGAGCCCGACUCUUCUCACGAGACACCUUCUCCAUACUCGUGACUCUUCUCAAUAGCCCAUUCCUUCUCUUAAUUUAAUCUUAUUAUGGGCUGUGUUUUUGUAUUUGAAGUUAUUUCUACUAUUUGUUUUGCCAAAGGACACUUUAUCCCCCAUGGGGAUGGCCUACCGUCACGAUUUCUCUGCUAUUGUAGAUAUGUGGAUAAUGUAACUGAUUCCAUGUGUUUUCAAAAUAAAACUUCUUAAAAAUUA